AUGUUGACCCCCCAGGGUAAGGAUGGCGGACAGAGGACCCAGGAUGGUGGCAUAUUUGGAAGGUUCGACGCCAGCCCACCAAGGAUGAGGAUGGCGGCGGUACCUCUCCGCCUGGACGGCAGCUCUAAGCGGACGGAAUAUGUUGCCGCACUGCAACCGUACGAGUGCAGGCACCUUGUGCCGCCUGCUGUUGGGUCCUCGUCGGGGCUAAUGGCGCAGAGGCGUACUGGCGGACCGCUGACGGCCGCCACGGCUGGGCCCCCGGCGGGCCCCCCAGGCCCUACGCAGCCGCCUCCCUUGCAGUUCCUUCACAACCGCCCCUCCAUGCUGCCAAACGCCAACGUUGGGCCCGUGUUGACCGUUGGCGGGGACAGAAGGAUGACAUCUACUGUUCAGCAUUAUGGCGACACUCGGCAUUUCAGCAACGUACGGCCAGCGGGGGUUCUCCUUGGCAGAGGUGUUGUGGCUCCGUACGGCACGCUCGCCCCCGCUACGGCCGCGGCAAUGGCAGUGCCAACCCCCGCCGCGGGUAAUGCUCGGACCGCCUCCGCACCCCUAGGCCGUGAAGGCGGCGCCUCUUCACUCCGCCAGCUGGCCCGGCCGACGACGCAGGGCAACCACUACCACUUCCUGCAGUUCAACCAACGCAACCGACACCCGUUACCCCACUCGCAACUUUACCGGAUAAUGGCACGAACCGAUCAUGCCUAUGUGUGGCUACAGGUGCCUAUGCCUCCUCCUCCUGGCCUCCCUCCGGGGAUCCAGUCCGGGCGGCUUAUCACUACGGGCGGCGGUGUAAGCGCCGUCUUCCCCCCUGGAGCGCGCCUACAAUAUCUACCUCCGAAUCUGCCACGUCGCUUCGUGGGCCCUUCACCACGUCUGCCGUACAUGCAACUCCGCCAGGGCCAAAUGCCGCCUCCUUCCCUACUGCCGGCGCCGGCAAGCGCAAUGUACGGCACGGCGCGUUUGCCUGGACCCCUCCGAAUGGACCGCGGUUUUGCGAUGCAGUCGCCGGCCGGGCUGCGCGUGACAGCUUCGGUGGCGCCAUCGCUACCAUUGCCAUCGCCACCAGCGGCUGCAGUAGCAGCUCAAAGGCCACAUGUGCAUGCGCCAGAGCGAAACGGCUCGAUUACGGGCCUAGCACCAUGGCAGUACGGCUUGUCGAGCGGCAGAAACCUUUGGUCCCAGCCCGGGGACGACCGGCGAGUGUCCCUCGUUUAUAAGCGGCAGGCUCGGCCCAGUUGGAGACCGGUCCGCCCCAGACUAAUAAUACGUAGCAGAGCAAAACUUCCACCGGCACCCUGGUGGAAAAAGCUGCUGGUGCUGGUGCUGGUGCUGGUGCUGGUGCUGGUGCUGGUGCUGGUGCUGGUGCUGGUGCUGGUGCUGGUGCUGGUGCUGGUGCUGGUGCUGGUGCUGGUGCUGGUGCUGGUGCUGGUGCUGGUGCUGGUGCUGGUGCUGGUGCUGGUGCUGGUGCUGGUGCUGGUGCUGGUGCUGGUGCUGGUGCUGGUGCUGGUGCUGGUGCUGGUGCUGGUGCUGGUGCUGGUGCUGGUGCUGGUGCUGGUGCUGGUGCUGGUGCUGGUGCUGGUGCUGGUGCUGGUGCUGGUGCUGGUGCUGGUGCUGGUGCUGGUGCUGGUGCUGGUGCUGGUGCUGGUGCUGGUGCUGGUGCUGGUGCUGGUGGGAACGAUGGCGAUGGGAACCCCUCUGGCUCGGCAAGCAGGUAGGCCUCGCGUACUUUCUUCCGUUUCGGAGGUUGGGAAGUGGAAGACGGGGGGUCGCGUCCUCGCCGGCGCCGGACCUUAA